GCAAGUCCUAUGUUGGAACGCAAAAUCUGCGACUUCGGCUGACCUGUCAAUCAAAAUGGCCGCCAUUUUUUUUUAGUACAAGGGCUAGUAAUGUUCCUUAGGACUCAACCUUUAAGAAAAAAGUUCCCCCGGUGGAUCGACCAGGGGGGUGCAAUUUAUCCUUAAGUGGGCUCCCCGACUAUUUAGAGUGAGGGAAAAAAAUAAUUAUAACAGAAAUUGUUCAUUUUUCGACAUAGUAUAAAUUCAUUUCCGCAUUUAUUUUUUUCGGAAUGAAAAAUCAUUUGUAUUGUAGGUAGCCCCUUUAAUUUGCAAGUUAGACAAAAAGUCACGGUAGGUCAUUUUAUUCAUUUUUCCAAAGUGCCUAGGUACCUACCACCGACUCUCGUGGUCAAAAUUGGAUUUUGGCUCCUAGGUUUUGAAAACGUAUUUUGCCCCUUCACUUAGUUCAAUUUUCAAGAUCAGUUGUAUCCAAAUCUGAAGCUUGUAAGCACUUUCUGGACACCCUGUAUAAUAGUAUACUGCUAACCACAAACUAAAGAAUAGAGGCAAGAGAACAUGCGCGAGUCGCGGACGGUACAGGGAUGAAUGGGGUUGGAAUCGUGAGGUAUUCGGUGGUGAAGGGAGUCGAGGGAAAGACAGAAAGCGGUUUAGGAACGAUGCAUUGUAGGAUAGAAAGAGAGAAAACGCGAGUGUACAUAGAAUAGAGAGAGAAAGAAGACUGGUUGGCUGGGACAUUAUACAGUCUACAACUGGGACUGGGAUAAAUCGGCGCGAGUUUUAUAUUGAGUUUGAACAGCAAAACAGCAUAUUUGUAGAUUAGCUAGGAAUCGUUUGUUAUUCGUUCAGUUUCACAAUGUUAUGAAAAUAUAACGUUAUCAUUUUAGAAAAUAGGUGUUUUGCUGGUGGAAAAUAUUGAUUAACACCACUUCUUUCUGCAUGUAAUCAGUUUCGGUGUUGUUAUUUUUAUUGAUAAAUGAUCAAAAAAUUGUAAUUGAAAUGAAUUACGAGUAAUUGAGGCUUACCGAAAUAAUAUUUAAUGGACUACUGAAAAUCACCCCCAAUGGACUCCAGAGGAAUGUACGAUUCGCAAGUUCAAAAUGAAACACCCUCGGAUGAGUUUGUGCUCCAUGCCAAAUUUCCAAGCUUACAACAGAUGGCAUACAGCAAAAUAGCUAUUGCAGUGUGGUAUAAAUACAGUUCAACUCCAAACCGCCGACGACAAUACGAACUACUGGUAUAUGAUUAUGAUCAUUCGUCUACUGAUAAAAUAGAACUAAUGGAUUGCCAUAAACUGAUAGAAACUUUGACGAUGCCUCGAUUUAUGAAAGAAAACUUGAUAAAAUAUCUAAAGAGAGUUCGCAAAGAAACAUUUUAUUGCACUGAAUACUUCACAGAGCGUAUACUUUCAAAUGACUUAUUAUACGAGUAUGGAAUCGACCGAACCGCUCAAGUUGAUUGGGAGUAUUUUGUAUGGUGUCCGGAUGGUCGAAUCAAUUAUAAAAGCACUGCCAUCAAAAUGCUACGUUCGGGCGUGUUGACUGAGGUGCAGAAGUUUGCCAUCGUGUGCAGAUUCUGCCUGGAAAAUGAGAUCGAAAGCUUCGAUCUAAAUCGCCGUCCUAUGAAAACGUUUGUUUCAAAAGUAUGUAUAGACCGCGAUCCGUUAUUGUUUUACUGGAUCUGUUACCUGAAGAACGAAUUACAUAGAGUUACACCAUUAUUCUUACUUUCUUCAAAUAAUUACCGCAUGGAAGCGGAAGCGUUUGAGUAUUUAUGGAAUCGUUUGAGUGCUGAAGAUCAAGUAUCCUUAAUAAGUGACAAAUUACUUACAGUCUCAACUUCUCCCUGGCGUGAUAGCCUGUUUCUCAAGAUGUCUCACGAUCAAUUAACAAAUUUACUAUUCCGUCGACCAGUUAAUAUGAUAUUACUUUUUCUCAACAAUUUAGAAAUACCUGAGUGGGCAAUUAUGGCUUGGAAACGGUGUAAAAAUAGCAUAUCUAAUGAGCAUUUUGUCGCGUUGUUGCACAGUCUACUUGGCCAAUUUCGCUACAAGCUUAUCCGUAAACAAGAACGCAAAAUGAGAGUUUUAUUGGAAAUUUGGAAUACGGCCAACGAUCACCAGAAGAAUCAUGCAGCGAGGCAGGCACGAUUAGAAGAAGCUGUCGUCCGUCUACUCUCAGUAAAUCCUAUUAGAUUAUUUGUACGAGUAUAUUUUGCAUCAGAUGAAGCACGUCUCUGGAUAAAACUAGCACCCAGUUGUUUCAAAUUUUUACUGAAAUUUUUAUCUUUUACAAGUGCGGAUUUCAGAAAAAAUCUUAUUCUCCGAGGUGACCUCUCAUUUAUUUUUCAUUUUGAUUUUCACGUGGUACAUGAAAUAUUUGAGUUAUGCUUGCCAAAUUCAUCUCAAGAUGAGGUGCAAUUCGAAACUGAACCGAGUAACUUCAAAAUUCGUCCUUAUUUUUGCAUAAUUUUAUACACUGUAGAAGAUCAGGAUGAAUUGAAUGAAAGAUUGUUGCGUUCCUUUGAAAACUUGAAUAUUCCUUCAAAAGAUCUACUGCAAAAAUUCAUCGAGUCAUUGGCUAUAGCCCAUAAAAGAGUACAGUCAACUCGCGAUACCUCUGAUUAUCUAAGAUUGAGUAAAUUCAUCAACAAAAUCCUGCAAGAAAAUGUAUUAACAGUGUUGAAAAUGAAAGAAUCGUACUUUUCGUCAUUCAUUUCUGCCACCAGUGAUCCGUAUGAACGCUACGGUAGUUUGGAUGAACUUAGCAAACUAAUUGAGCAGGAGUUUGUACAUGAACAUCUGCAAGAGUUGAAACACCGAUUCGCUAAAAUACUCCAAACAACAAGUGUUGAACGAUGGGUUUGGAUGGUGUCAAAUUAUGAAGAUUUCACCCGUGUGUUUUCGUGGUGCUUUGAAAAUGAAGAAGAAAUGUUUCUACAGGUUAAACGUUGUAUACCAAUUAACGAUAUUAUUGGUAAGGUUCUUGAUGUUAGUAAAAUUAUGCGCAGAAUGGCGAAUUUUAGUAACUUGCAGAGAUUUCUAGAGUGGUAUUUCUCUGUUGUAGAGGGUGAAACAAUACAAUCUUUUAGACAUAGUAUAAGGAAUGAUCCUGAGACUGCAAAAAUACGAGCAGUAGAAAUGAUAAAGGAAUACGACAAGGACCAGCAGCCUUGUAGAGAAUUUUUGCGGUGGAUUGGCCACCGUAUUGAUCUCCAUGUUAAAAGAAGUACCUAUGGCAUCGUGAUAUCUUUUUUCUUUUUUCUUUUUUUUGCUAUUUUGUCUGUAAUAUAUGUUCAUCUCUAAACGUAAGCUAAUAUAUACAUAGGUCUUUGGCUUAAGUAUAAAUACCUAUAUCUACUGAAGACAUCUAUGUACAUAUUUGUAAUUCGUAAUAAAAAUAUUCAAUUUCA